CUUCCUAUCAAAUUCAACACUCUCUACUUCUCGUCAUGCAACACCACCUUGCGCCAACCACCGGUAAUGGCGAAAGCAAGACGAGGCCUCACUUCGUAUUGGUUCCCUUCCUGGCGCAGGGGCACAUGAUCCCCAUGGCCGACAUGGCCGUCCUCCUCGCCGAGCGAGGUGCCCGCGUCAGCAUCAUCACCACCCCCGUCAACGUUGCCAGGACCGAGGCCGUCGUCCGUCGCGUCAGGCGAGCCGGCAUCGCGGUCGAGUUCGUCGAGCUUACCUUCCCUUGCGCCGAAUCUGGACUUCCCGAAGGAUGCGAGAGAAUCGACCUGCUGCCUUCUUAUGAAUUGUUGAAACAGUUUCACGACGCUACCGGCCUUCUCCGUCACCCCCUUACGCAGCACCUUCGAGCCCAGCGGCAACCCCCGACGUGCAUGAUCGCUGACUCAUGUAAUCCUUGGACGAAGGGAGUUGCCGAGGAGCUCCGGAUGCCAUAUCUCCUCUUCCACGGCCCCUCCUGCUGGAAUAUGCUGUGCGCACGCAUGAUCCUACGGCACAAGAUCUACGAGCAGAUCGGUGACCCGUUCGAGCCUUUUGACGUGCCCGGCUUGCCUCACCGGCUCGAGAUCAGCAUGGCCCAGACGGCGUGGUUCAUCACCAUGCCGGGGUGGGAAAAGUUCCGCGAGGAGGUCUGGGAGGCGGAGACGGCCGCGGAUGGGUUUGUGAUCAACACGUUUGAAGCCUUGGAGGCCACAUACGUCGAGUGCUACAGCAGAGACGCGAAGGGGAAGAAGGUUUGGACGAUCGGGCCACUGUCGCUGUCGAACCAGGAUCCGGACGACAAGGCCGCGAGAGGGAACAAGGCGUCCGUGGACAAACAUCGAAUCCUUCUCUGGCUCGACGAGAAGGCCCCGAGGUCUGUCGUCUAUGUCAGCUUCGGCAGCAUCGUCCGCCACAGCCCGGCUCAGGUACUGGAGAUAGGGCGUGGGCUGGAAGCAUCCGGCCAGGCCUUCCUUUGGGUGAUCAAGGAGGUCGAUGCGUCGUCCCCUGAGGUGGAGAAGUGGCUGUCUUGCGGCGGCUUCCAGGAGAGGGUCGGUGACAAGGGACUUAUCAUCAAGGGAUGGGCGCCUCAGGCGGCGAUCUUGUCGCACCCGGCGGUCGGAGGAUUCGUGACACACUGCGGAUGGAACUCGGUGGUGGAGGCGGUGUCGGAGGGCGUGCCGAUGGCGACAUGGCCUCACUUCAGCAGCGACCAGUACAUUAAUGAGAGGCUGAUCGUGGACGUUCUGCGAACCGGAGUGGCGGUGGGCGUGACGGUGCCCGACGCCCACGUAAGCGCAGAAGAGAUAGAGAAGGCGGUCUUGAGACUGAUGGACGGAGGCGAGAAAGGAGAAGAGAGACGGGAGAGAGCAAGAGAGCUGGGGAGAAAGGCCAAGGAGGCAAUGGAAGUAGGAGGCUCAUCUUAUGCCAACGUGACACAGUUGAUCCAUUAUGCAUCGCACCAUGAUCAAGCACGAGGAUGAGGAAGAAGCUAUUCGCAUGUGUCCUGUUUUCGUGCCAACUAAAAAUAAGCGUUCUAUGUUGAGAUCGAUAUGUCUUUUUAGAAAGUUCAAACAAAUAAUCCUUCUGCUUAUCGUAAAA